UUCCCCGUGUUUUCCCACAAAAUGACUGGUUUCCGUACUUCUACGCGCUUCCCGAAGGAAAAGAUUUGUCAGUACAGGAAUCGGUUUUUGGGAUUUCCACUUUUUUAGAAGGAAUGGACUUUAAGUGCAGUAGAACACGUAUUUAAGGAUUUCUGGUAUUGAGAAUUCUAUAAUGAUAUGGACAGUUUGUCAGAUGAUGAUAUUGAGUUGUUGAAACAAACACCAGAAGAGGACAGUCAGGAAAAUACAGCUUCUGGCUCCAGUCAGCUAGAUUCAAACUUUAAUACACAGGAACUGAUAAAACGUGCAAAGUAUUCAAAUGAUAGUUUAGACCUGGCCCCGGCACUUGCCUUGCAGACUGCGUUUAGCUCCCUUCAGAAAAAGCACAAUGACCAGCUUAAAAAGAAUAAAGAGCUGGUACAGGUGAAUAAAUCAUUCAAAAAAGCGCUAAUGGAUGCAACACAGGGGAACCAGGGACAGUUUCAGAAUAUGGAUGGAUACAUGCAGGAUGCACAGGUAGUACAUGCUGCUGGGGGAACAAGUGAGGAUGAUUCAAUUGCAGAGAACCGUGCUAAACAGGGAUAUGUUCAGCAUUUACAAAGGGAAGUUCUUAUUUCGGCAAAUGCUAUACAGUUAGGAAAUGAAGAAAUUGCUAGGCUUAAACAUUCAAAUGAAGAGUAUGAAAGGGAGGCAGUAAAACAUUUAAGAAAAAUUGAAGAACUGCACUCCAACUGUGAAGCAAUGACAGAAGACAUAAAAGUAAUGAGAAAUGAAAUUGAUAGGAAAAAUUUAGAGGUUGCACAGAUGAAAAAUGCACUGCAAUCAGAACAAGAACUCAAUCAUAAUCUAAAACUUAGCAAUGAAUCAUUACAAGAACAACUUGAAACAAACAAGAGAACUGGCUUUUCAGGUCAAAGUGAAAUACAAACUUUAAGGUCAAGUUUGGCAGCAGCUGAAAAUGAGUUAAGGAAGUCAGUUUCACAAUAUAGGGAACUUGAUAGAAAGUUUGUUGAAUCAGAAAAGAGUAGGGGAAUAUUGGAAGCCAAAUGUAAACAGUAUGAAAUAGAAGUAAAUAUAAGAAGUCAACAAAGACAGGUGGAUGACACUGAUGAUGUUGAUGGUGAUGUUGAAGCCUUAAAAAAAGCAUUGGACAUUCUUCGUACGCAACAAGAUGAAGUAAAAGAUCUCAAAAAGAAAAUUUCAGAUCAGCAACGAAUUAUUUCUCAGAUACAGAGUACUGGUAAAAAGCUACCAGGCAGGUCCCUGGAUACUUCGUCAUUUCGUCCUGAAGCACAAGGAUCAUCUUUUAAUCCGUAUCAGGAACUUCCUGUUUAUGAAAACUAUUCAGGUUUACAUCAGAACGCACAAAUUGGCCAUUCUCCUAUAUCUAGACGAAGUAGUGACAGAGGAGACUAUAGGAGCAGAGAAAGACCUGGACAGAAAACGAGUCCGAGGGUUGACGAUACAAUACGACCAACAGGAAACGUUACUCCGAUGCUUGCCAUGGAAACAAACCAACAACCAAAACGGAUGGAAUUGGCAGGCAACUUUGAUUCUGCAAAUGUAGUUAAUCACAACAGAAGUCCUGCAGAAAAUCUGAUUGAUCCAAAACAUAGUAAUAUUAUUAAGUCAAAUACACAGGAAAAUACAUUUCCAAGAACUUCUGUUUCUGCAAAUCAGCCUGCCUAUGCUCAACAAAGUCCAAGAAAUGCUGCUAGUCCAAGAGCAGAAAAUAUUCAUGACCCAUACGGUUCAGCAUUUGUAGAAUCUCCUAGAGCUAAAGAGACUUUUAAUAAUCCAAAUGUUUCAAAUAAUCCAGCAUUAUUUCAGUCUAGUUCACAAGAAACAGCUUUCAUUCAGGCUGGUGCUAGACCAAGAGUUCCAACAAGCUCAGCCAAUAUUAAUUACUUAAAUCAGUUUGAUAGUCAAGAAAUUUCAAGUCCGAGGCAGAAACAGCAGCAGAGGAUUCCAGAUCGAAUGACGCAGUCUGAAAUUAUUGUUAGAGGGAGACCUUCAGAUAAUAAUGCUAUGACUCGAUCAGUACUCGACCCCUUACAACCACUUGAAAUACCUCAGUCCGCUAAUGGCAAACAGAGUGAGUUCGUACAUGCAGAAACUUCAGGGGUUGGUCAAAAUAUAGUUAUACAACAACAGAAUGCUAGCGACCAUACCUACCAAAAUCAGUAUAGAGAACAGUAUAAUGAACCAGAUUAUGAAAAUAUAUACAAUGCAAACGCACAAACAGAAACAAAGCGUCCAAUUGAGGAACAUGAGGAUACUGUGUUUGUAACAGCUAAUCCGCGAGAGCUUCGUAACAUUGUUAGGCCUGUGCAAGAAGAGACAACAGAAGGAAAUGUGGCGGCAGUUAAAAUAUGUCCUGUUUGUAAUGAAGAAUUUUCUCGCCUUACGCAAGACCAGUUUCAAAUGCACGUGUUUGAAUGUUUCGACACUUACGACGAAUCCCCAGCUACUCUACAGCCUGCAGCUGGUGGUACAACAAAUGAUGAUGAUAGAACUUGUCCAAUGUGUGGAGAUGUUUUUCCAGUUACAAUCCCCCAGGAGACUUAUGAACAGCAUGUUCUCGCGCAUUUUGGGGAGGAUCCAAUGGUAGAACGUUUUGAAUUGCUUCAGCCUUGAUUUUAUUACCUUUAACCUCUGCCUGCUAAAUUUCUAAAAUGGACUGGUCCAUCAUUCAAUUUGGGCAGUACCAUUAUUUUAUUAUUUGAAGAGGUGUUCAGUGGAAAUUUACAAACUGAAUAGCGAACAGUGCAGACCAUGAUUAGCCUGCAAAUCUUGGACUGCACUGGUCGCAAAGGCAGACUAACUCGCCACCAGCAGGCUAGAGGUUAAUACAUGAUUUACCCAUCUUUUAGUGGGGCAAACUUAACUUUCAAUGUACAGUGAAAUCUCUGUACCUCAACAAGGAAGUAAGUUGUUGUACACAGGUUGUUGUUUGCUAGAGAUUUGCUAAGAAAAUGAUAUAAUAGGAAAGCAGAUGUUUGCCUUUUUGUGUGAUGGUGUCAUUGGCAGAGGUUCGACUGUAAAUGCCUGACUGGGUUAAAGAAGUUGACCAUCAUAUUAUCUUAAAGUCACAUUAAAGCUAAAAAAACAAAUGUAUUUCUAUUAAAACACAGUCAUUAACUUAAUAUAUAAGUUGUCACAAGGAGCAUUCUGUGUGUAACCAGUCAGUCGUUUUUGUAUUUGAAACAUACAUGUAAUGCUGAGUUCAUUGACCCAUUGUUGCAAUUGUUUGACAUGUACAGUCAGAUUCUACAUGACCAUUUUGGCAAAGGGUGUAAGUAGAUUUAUGGCAGAAUUAAUAAGUUGAACGUGCAUUGGUGGGCUCCUGUAUUACACAGCCACUUGUUUUAAGCAGCUAGUUAGCUAACUUCCCAGAUUGAGUGUUUGUUCUAGUUUUAUCUUGUGUUAGGCAGUCACUCUCUGCUGGCUGUUUAAUACAGGUUUGACUGUACAUGUAUUUAAAACAAAAACAGUUUGAACAGGUUAUUAAUCUGAAAUCGUUUGAUUUCAUGGGCAUAAAGUUCCAUUCUACUAAGUUUACACAAAAAUAAGACAUAAAUUUGUGGAUUUCCUAUUUUAAAGAUACAGUAACAGGAUUUUGUUUAUUCUUUAGGAUUUAAUUUUGCAGAUUGACCCAACCAUAAAAUCCACAAAAAAUAGUCCCCCAGGAAGAUAAGUGAUUUCACAGUAUUGAGUAAAUGACCUUUGCAAGAAAGGUCAUUUUGUAUCUGACUUUGAAAUGAAAAACUUAAGCAAACACUUGCUAACCAAGUUGUAGGUACUAAAAGUUCUGUCUCUAAAAUAUUCUUGUACUUUUUGGAAUGUAAAUAACUGGUCACUGACAUUUUUUGGUCUAAGUCAACAUUGGUAUUUACAGGAUUUUUGUAAAACUCAUUUUUUGCCACCAGGUUCACAUCAUACGCUUUUUAAAUGGAGAAAGUGCUUAUAUCAUAUCAUUGUGAACGCUAAGAAGUAGAAGAAGAUAACGUUGUUUAUACUUGGAAAACUAUUUGAUUCAGUGAGUUUUUAGGCAUUAUUAAUUUCAAAAACAUGUUUGUAUGCGAGGUGAAAUUGUAAAGUAUAUCAAAAGUUAUGAUUUUUAUAGAAUUUACUUAUCUUCCUGUUUAAACAUUUGGGUAUUUUACUGUACCACUGUUAACAUGCUGCUUUAAGAACUACUAGCGUUUCUUUAUAUAGUGCACUAAGCAGACUCAACUUGAUAAGAAAUAUAAAUUGUUUAUUAGGAAGUUUUGAAUAUGUAGUUGACUUAGUUGCAGGGGUUUUUGUGAAAAGGUAGAUUGCUUUGUGAAACAUUUAACAUGAGCCGUGUAGAGCUUUUAUUUGGCACUAUUUUUAAGAACAUUUAAAUUAAUUAUACGUUACUUCAAGCAGUUUGCUGGUAACCAUUUACAGCUCUGUUGACUGAGGCAGUCAUUAUACAGUGCCUUGCAAAAGGACACACUGCAAUAGGGGUGGCUAGGAUUCAGACCCAGACCCAACCAAUGUGUCCACUUUGGAAAUAUUAAACAGAGUAUAAUGUGUACAAAACUUCAUGGAUAUAUUUUAAAACAUCUAUACCUUGAGAGAGGCGAAAAGUGAUAUUCAUUUAAGAAACAAAUUAUGGGGAUAUAGCUAACAACUGAAUGUAAAAUAAAUUUGGCUGUUAUAAGUGUGAUCAAAGAAUAUAUACAGACAUACUGUAAACAACCCAAUAUACUUUUAUCCAAAUGGCAACUACAUAAUGAUUUAUUUCUUAAAUAGAUUUAUAAUUUUGUUUGCUUUUUUUCCGCAUUUGUUUAUUGAAUUUAAUGGUGCAUACUGGUGCUUUCAAGUAGAUGUCUGAAGUGACAAAAUCGUCAACUAACAGUGGCUGAUAGAAUAGCAAACGUUCAAAUAUGACAUCACAACACAGGCUUUCCAUGGGUCACUUGUGGGAAAAUACACAGGACGGUUUCAUACUGUGAAGUAAACUAUCAUAGCCAGACAAGUAUUGUGACCUCUGGAGUUCUCGACCUUUAGGGUCACAACAACAUUCACGAGAGUUGGUACACAUUAGCAGUAUAUAACAUCUUCCAGGGAAGCCUAUGAGAAUAGGGAAGAAAACAAAAAAUUGACAAGUUGCCCUUAUAUGAAAACAGUAUUGUGUUAGUGUUUCUUAUCUAUACAUGUUUAUUAAAAAAUAAUUUAAAGUAUGAAUCAUACAAUAAGGGUCACAGAAAAGGCAGAAUUUUAAAUUGUUUCAAUAGUAUAUACACCAGAAAUGUAGUAAAUAUUAUCAAAUUAUCAGUAUACUUCUAAGUCACUUGUAACAUUUAGACUUGAGGCAUAGCUCAACUUUAUAUAUUUUAUAUCAGUGAAAUGUUUUGUUACUAUGUGCAGUUUUACGUUGUAAGCUCAGUGGAAGAAUGACAAAUGUCUUAUCUGUCUACCUGUAACCUGAAGUUUACCCUGCCGUCCAGAUGUCCAGUAACAUUUACAUGAUAUUAUUGUAAUGCUUAAAUGCUAAAAAUACAGUAAUUGAAAUUGAUGUUUGUUUUUCCAGUUGUUACUUCCAGCAAAAAAUAUGGUUAAUGAAAUUAUCAUGCUAUUCAUAAACUUUUUCAAUAUCUGAAGCUUAUAAAGCGUCUAAAUGGCAGACUAGGCUUCCAGUUCUUGGACUGCCGGACAGUUCAGUAUUAAUGUUCAUGCACCUUUCGAGUUUGAUUGAAUAUAACUUCAUUGCUAUAUUAUAUAACUAUAACUGUUUAAUCUUAAAAUCUUUAACAAAAGCAAAAUGCUUAUAUGAUAUAAAUUUUUCGAGUUUAUGAAUGGUCAGUAAAUACUUGAAAAUGAAAUGAUAGGGGGCGUUAAUGCUGAAAUGUACAUUUGUUAUACGAAUAAUAGUCAUUUCAAAACUCUGUGAAUAAACAGAAUAUUAUCAGAUGUGUGAUGUCUUUUGUGAUAUAUUUUAAUGUUUGAUGUGUGUGAUGUCUUUUGUGAUAUAUUUUAAUGUUUGAUGUGUGUGAUGUCUUUUGUGAUGUAUUUUAAUGUUUGAUAUUGUGUUUCAAAGUUUGUAAAUGUUAAUACUAGUAUUUUCUUCAUGCUGAAGAACAAGUGUUAUUUGUGUAAAAGUAUGUAAUAAAAAGAUUGUUAGCUUUGUAUCAGUCAAUAAUUGUGCACAAGUUCCGUCACUGAAUAAUGUUGCACUUACAAGAUCAUGCAAAAUCUUUGCUGUAAAAUUAGUUAUUCUUAAGUAGUAUAUACACAAAGUGACUUUCCACUCAAUAGUCAAAAUUAUUUGUCAAAGGCCUAAGGCAAGCCAUUUAAUAAGUGUUAUUUAUAACAUUGUAUCAGGAGUCAGUUUUCUGUAAGUUGUUUUUAGCCUAGCAGACAUGUGUUGAAUAAAGACUGAUCAUAUUUUGGUUUGGUAGCACAAACUGUGGGUUGGUUAUUUAUAAGAAGUAUUGUAAUAACCUAGUUAUGAGAAAUACGUGUCUUGUUGUUAUUUUUAGUAUGAGCAAUCGUAACUAAUUAAACUUCGAAAUAUC